UUGUUGAACGUCCGAGAGGACAAAAACCGCUUUCUUUAUCGACUAGCAUUGAAAAAACCCUCCAAUAAUUCACACUGGCAUCCAUUCGCCUGGCCAAACAAUCCGCACGUUCCUCUGCGCCACCUCCAGUCGCCGUCUCAAGCUCGACGUCUACGAGCACUAUUCGCAGUCCGACUUCUAUUACCAGAGAUCCAGCAGCAAGAUCAACAUCAACGAUGGCUGAUCCAGUUUCUUCCUCUCGCCACCGUGCCUCAACCUCUUCCUCUCGACACGGUCGAACCAUAAGUUCGACGACUCUGCUGCUGAUUCUUUCCCUAGUUCUCGCGGUGUUAGCCGUGCUUCUCUCUUUGCCUUCGAGGCAACCCGCGCCAUUUGUUGCUCCUCCUCCCGCUGCGUCCCCAACAGAAUUGGCGGGUGGCAAACGGGCAAAAGAGCUCGCGACCCGCGAGUCGGAAGUUGCUCACCGUGAGUUUGAAGUCGCUCGACGAGAGGCAGAACUUCUUGGGGGAUCCCCCGGUGGGAUUACCAUCCCGACUUGUUCAGCGUGCCCUGCUCCAUCUACCGCUAUCGUCACCGUCACUGCACAUGUGCUUGAGACAAGCAUUGUCCAGCAGCUGCCUGUCACUGCCACGGUCACUUCCACAGUCACUCAAGUCCAGGAAGUUGUUCGCGAGGUUGAGUCUGUUGCGAUCGGAGCCGGCCCUGACCAGCGAGUAGAGGACUUGCAUAUUCGUGAGCACCGCGUCUCUGAGCGCGAAAAAGACGUUGGACAUCGAGAGGAACUUGUUGGACGACGUGAGAUCGAUGUUUCCCGACGAGAGAACUGGGUUAUGGAACAGUUGGUGUGAGCAUGAUACCUAUUAUUUUAAUUUCCUUUUUUGACAACUAUCAUCCUUGCAGUGGCCUCGAGGACAAGGGUCCAAUCAUCGAAGAGGAAGUGGUUUAUGAGGAGCCACCUCGUCGUAAAGUCAAGGAACUACCCCUUGCGCCGACACAGCCACCCCCACCUCCGGAGCCUGUCA